AUGCGCGCCGCCGCCGCCGCCACCGCCCUCGCCCUCCUGGCGCUCGUCGCGGGCGCCUGCGCCGCCCGAAAGACCUACGCGGGGUACCGUCUCCUGCAGACGCAGCCUCUGGAUGAUGAGCGUGGCCUCGCCCUGGCGGCGCUGAGCGACCAGCUCGACUUCUGGUCUCCGCCGCGCCGCGGCGAGGGCGCCACCAUCUUCGUCUCCCCCGAGGACUUGCCUUCCGUCGAGGCCAUGCUCAAGAAGCUCGAUGUCGGCUACGAGGUGGCCGUGGCCGACAUGCAGAGAGUCCUUGCUGCGUCCGAGCCUAACCCUGCCCCACGUGCGGGUGGCCGUGCUAUCUCAUUCACACGUUUUAACAACGUCACGGAGAUUCACGCCUACCUCGAGGACCUGGCAGCGCAGUACCCUGAUCUCGUGACGCUGCUCAGCGCUGGCUCGAGCCAGGAGGGUCGCGAUCUGAAACUGGUGAAGAUCUCCAACAGCAACGGCCGUUCAGGGAAGCGAGCAAUCUUCAUCGAUGCCGGCAUCCACGCUCGUGAGUGGAUUGCACCGCCCGUCGCCCUCUACACCAUCAGCCAGCUGGUGGAGAACUACGAAGCCAACCGCGAGCUGGUCGACGCCCUCGACUGGUACGUGCUGCCUGUACUCAACCCCGACGGCUACGACCGUCUCCCGUCUAUAAAAUAUACUGACUCAGCAAUUGACUCGACCGUAAACAAAAUAAUCAGUCAUUCAAUGCUUAUUGAUUUUUGCCUCGAACUGCAGGAACGCUUCUGGCGCAAAACACGCUCCAAUAACGGCAACCCCGCCUGCUUGGGAGUCGACGCUAACCGCAACUUUGAAGACAACUGGAUGUUGGUUGGAUCAAGCUCUAACUUGUGCUCUGAAACCUACGCUGGGCCGUCCCCUGCCUCCGAACCAGAGACCCAGGCACUCCAAUCUUUCCUGAGGAACAUCGGCUCCCAGCUCGACCUCUACCUCACGUUUCACAGCUACGGUCAGUACAUCCUGCACCCUUGGGGCUACACUGUCACUCCAGCCGAAGACGCUGAACAAUUGACUGCCCUAGCCCGGAUCGCUGCCGAUGCCAUCGAGUCCGUGCGAGGCACGAGGUACACAGUUGGCGGCUCCGCCGAAGUUAUAUACCUGACGUCGGGCUCGAGCGAGGACUGGGCCAAGAGCGGCGCGGGCGUCAAGUACUCCUACACCGUGGAGCUGCCGCGCGGCGGCUCGGGCUUUGACCCGCCGGCGUCCGCCAUCUUGCCCGUCGUCACCGAGACCUUCGAGGGCGUGCGCGCCUUCGCGCGCUUCUUCGCCCAGCGCCAGAGCCAGCCCUGAGCGCGCCCACCAGACCUCGCGCAUCGCCCCCGCACGCCCGCGCCACACCGAGCUCAAAAGACAACUCACAUUCCCGGGCAACAUUGAGAAACAGGUUCCCGAUACGCUCUUUCCCGAAUGGGAGAAUACGUUAGGCGCUUUCGGUAGUUAGAUUUUGUUUUCAGUUAGUGCAUAAGGUUCUUCUAAGCCGCCAAAAAUUACAUAUGUAAAAGUACUGCGGUACUUGUCCUGUUAUUCCAGGAAAUAAAUGUGAAAAAAAUGAAAAAUAUCCCUGCAGGUCCGAAUUC